AUGGCCACCGCAGAGCCAACAACGGCAGGGGUCUCGAACCUCCCAACCCCAUCCACCCGCCGAGCCGAACCACAAGCCCCUUCCAAGCGCGACAAGAAGCGCCAACUCCUCAACGAUCGCAUCGCGGCCCUCACGGAGAAAUUCGACCGGAACCGAGACGUUUCCUACGUCGACCAGCUGCACAAGAUCCAGGUCGACACGAGCCUCGUCCAGCGCAUUGACCCGUUCGCCGCCAACGCCGCGAGCAUCAUUGCCGAGCUCCGACAGGAUCAAAGGAACGCCAACGGUCCGAAUGUUGUUUCGCAGAAUGCUCGGAGCUUGCUUGAUAUGGCGGGGCCCAAUUUUCAGGAUUGGGCGCAGGAGAUUUCGGAUUUGCAUGAGCGCAAGGACGUCCAGUUGACCUCGCAACAUCUUGAAUACGAGCGCAAGAUACAAGAAUACAAGAAUACCUACAAUUACCGAAUCGAGACAGCAAAGAGGGAGCACCAGGCGCUUGCUUCAACACUUAGAGAUCGUUUGAUCAACUCCCUCGCAACGAAGAAGAACCGCCUCAAUAAGGAAAAGGAGGCUCUUGAACUCUCAGAUUCGUCCGCUCUUCUCUUCCACCCCAACCAAUUCAGCAUCACGAACCCCGCCAGCCCCGGCGGCACCCAUGGAAAGCGAGCAACACGACUUCGAAAAGACGCCGAAGAUCUCGGCCUCGGAGAUAACAAGAAGAGAAAGCGCGGUGACGACGAUGGAUCGCCCGCGCCGGGUCGUCGAGGCCUCGAUUCGACGGGCACGACGCCGCUUUGGCAAUCCGAAAAGCUUAGGGUGGCUGCCAAGCAGAACGGGCCCGUCUACAGUGUCGAUAAGCUCUUCACUGACAAGGAGCUCACGCUUACUUAUAACACGGCGGCGGUGGCGGCUCACGUCCACAUUCUCCGACAUCGCGUGAACGGACCGACGACGGCUUUGACCGACGGUCACGAGUCGAGCAAUGACGACGAGCACGAUCACGAUGCAGAUACGGCAACGACAGCCCCGAUGAUGGAGCGCGCGCCUUCCCACGCUACGAGGAGUACGCGGGGCAACGUCAAUCACAACGUUAUUGACCACAAGAUCCUCGGCUUUGAAGCCAUCUCCGACCUCGAGUUACCCGGCAACCUCGAGAAGCUCCAGGGGCUCGAACCCCCCAAGCUACCUCCCGUCGCGCCGUCUCAAUACAUCAAGCCCCCCACGCGAUCCCAGGACCAGAACACGCCCUCGCUGCUGAACAACGACACGAUCAACGAGGACCUCCAGAUCAUGAGCUACUUCAAGCAAUUUGACCAGCACUCCAAGCCCGGCUCAGCCCUCAUGGUUAACGGUAGCCUCAAGCGCGUGCUCGAGGCCGCCGCGACGCCCAAGGCGAAGAGUCGCUACGUCGCCUUCAUAGGGGGCGGUCCGCGCAAGGACCCCGAGGAGAUCCGCAGGGAGUUGGGGUUGCCUUCCGAUAAGUCCGGAGACAACACGAGUCCCGAGAAGACUUCUUCGGGGCUUAUCGCGGCAGCUACGGCUUCGGCUGCGGCGGCUAUGAGUCGACAGAGUAGUCACCAGGGGGGUGUUGCUAUGAGUAGGCAGGGGACGAAUGGAAGUGGGCGCGGGAAGGGGAGGAAGAAUUAG